CUUUUGACAUGUUGCUCUGAUAUUUUUCAAAAUAAAAAAGAACUGCUUGAUAUUCUGAUGCUAUUUGGAUUCAGUGUUAUUUCGUAGUUCAUUUUUCCAAUUAUGUCAGAUAAGAAGAAACAAUUUAUUGUAUGUCAGAAUAUAAAUUCAGAUCGAAACAGAUCGUUUAACUCUGUACAAAAAUCGACAAAUUACACUAAAAAAACUUUCGAAGAAGCUUAUCGUGAUGCACUUAUUAAACUGAAUGUAGCCGCAAUCGAUAUAUCUGAAACAAACCGAUGUCAUCCAAAUCAGAAUACGAGUUCAGUAAAGAACAAUAUUGCUUGUGGUUUUAAAACUACAGUAAUGCCGAUUAAUAGUAUUUUUUCAACACCUUUGGAAGAUUUGAAGUCAUCGAACGAAAGUUAUAGAACUACUAUUUAUAAUAUCAACACCAUCAAUUUGGUUGAGAUGCUGAAACACCAAGGGCAACAAAGCGUUAAAAAAUCUGAAAAUUUUGGUAAAUCUGUACCAAUAGGUAAAAUGGCAAAAACGACGUCCGACAAUACGCUAAGGAAUGUUAUGGCAGAAAGUUGUAAAUAUCGCCAAACCUUUUCAAAUGCAUUUGCAAAGCAUUUGCUUGAGCAAACGAAAUACGCUAUUGAUCAGGUUGUACAUGAUCAGGAUGUGCUUAAAACAUUAGAUUCUGAGGAAUAUAGGAAAAUCAACUCAAGCAUAUCCGCAGAUAACUUUCCAUACAAAUACAGAGAUAUGUCUAUCCAAAUACAAUUGAAGCCAUCCCUUAUUCAAAUUGCUCAUCAGAAAAUGUAUAACCAGCUUGUGAGGCGUACACCGAAUAGAUCUUUGAGAUCAUUUGAUCCAAUACUUUCCGGGGACCCUCCACAGUCUUUGAAGCCGCCACAGUCACUAAAUACCAAUUUUUCUACAUCUUCAACUCGUGUAAUGAAUAUAAUUGAUGGCGAGUAUGCAACAAAAAUGUGUAUAGGUGCAAAGAAAUUGAAGAUAUCAUCACCAGCUCCAAAUCAAGUCUACGAUAAGCCAACGAUAACCACCGCAUCAAGUACCUCUUCUACUGGCCACUUUGUUACGAGAAGUAACAAAACAAUAUUCGUAGAUCAUAACACAAGCGUUGAUGAAACUGAUAUGGAGCCACCACCAGCACAUUCGACAAUCAGAAUAAAAUCAACAUCUUCUUCAUCAACUUUAAAUUCUUUACAAUUUUUACAUACAGAAAAACCUGAAGCGCAUACUUCAUUCAAUAACCGACGAGUUAAUCAAAACCACUCCGUAAUCUGUGAACCAGCAUUAAAUUUAGACACAAAAAUUUCAAUGCCAAUGAAUACAACAUUACAUAGCGAUACUUCAUUAUCAAAAUCUGUAUCCCCGCAGCUAAUCUGUAUGAAUGUAACGAAUAGACCUAUUAGUAUCGGACAGAACACAAACAAGAUUGCAAAGUUUAAUAACUAUCAUAAUAGUAUCAACAAAUCAACCAGCUUGAAUACCUUUUUGUCACAGAAUCAUUGUACCAAAAUCAUUCAACAAACAAAUUUUAAACAAUCUAGAUUUUCACUAAAUGGAAAUUUUAGCCUCAGUGAACAGAAAACGAAACUUUUGGAGCUUUUAAAGAACGCUAAUACCCAAAAAAUCAAAGUUAAUGUACAAGACAAAACACAAUUUUCUAGGCAACCAGUGUUUCUUCGGUAUAAAAAUAUAAUCAAGAAAACAACACUUGAAAUGAAGACAAAUUAUAUUGAAAACAUGAGCAAGUUUAGGAUACAUAAAAAACAAUGCAGUCUUUUAAUUGAACCCCGAACACUAAUUAAACGUAAAGAUCAAAGUAAUCCCAAAUCAUCGAAGAGUAAACGAAAACGGGUGGGGGUAGAAUAUUAUACAGAACCAUAUUUGCAAAAUGGUCCAUGUUAUCAAGUGGCUCCAAAAUUACCACGAUGUCGCGAAUGUGGUCGAUCAGCUGCUGUGCGGUCCAGAGCAUCAGCUAAUGUUUUUUGUCGAUUCAUCGCUUUCAGAAAACUUAAAUAUGACCAUGAAGGUCUGUUGCAAGUAGUCGGAUUUGCGAAUCCUAGUGUAGAUCCUCAGGACUUCGAUACUAGUUUGUGGAACGCCAAUUUUACAAAAGUGCCUAGCGACCUGUCAGUUGAAAAAUCGAAAUUUCUUCUUGGACAAGUAGGAUAUAAAUUUUGUGAAUUAUUUCACCAAGAAGAAGAGGCAUACUAUGAGCAUAUGUCCGAAGACAAAACCAUCGCGUGGAAAAAAGCGGUUCAGGGCGUUCGAGAAAUAUGCGACGUAUGUUCAACAACUCUUUUCAACUAUCAUUGGGUUUGUUCAGUUUGUGGAUUCGUUGUAUGUAUUGAUUGCUACAAGGGUCGGAAGCAUGGUCAUACCGAAGUUGAAGCUAGUUCAAGGGACCGUGAUAAAUACAUGUGGUUGCACUGCAGCAAUAGACAACCACAUGAUCAAAAGCAAUUGUUGCUUACACAAAUCAUUCCCAGCAAUUGCUUGUAUAAGUUGGUAAGACAAAUGCAUGGUAUUUGUGCUUUGUUGGAAAUUCCACUAAAUUGUGAAUGUCCACUUAGUAAAGAAUCGCUUUUUCGUAAAAUAAAAGAGAAGCUUGAAUUUUUGUACCCCAUAACAACUGCGGGUGAUGUACUAGCUGUACAACAGUCAGAAAUAUACAAAAAACAAGCAAACAAUCCGGCGCAGAAAAAAAAUUUAGAUGCUAUGAACAGAAGAAAUGAUGAGAAGAUAGCAACAAAAAUGAUAUCAAUUACAAUCAAAACUAUUGAAAGUACUUUAGAUGACACCAAUGAUAAAACUGUGCGUUGUAAGGUUACGUUUGGUAGAGAACUGAAUGCAGAAAGGAAUUUCUCCGAGGAAUUUCUGAAUCGUCGAGAAAAACAAAGCUAUGAUUUUGAAGGAUUCCAGAAUGACAUUAUAGUUGAAAACAUGGAUAAAUCAAUCCAGAAUAUGAAAAUACCAAUUCGUUCUUCUGUGCUUGAUAAACAAGACUUUGAAGACAUCGAAAGCCUUGGAUCUGUAGAUUAUUCAUUGAAAACUGAAUAUAAGGAAAAAAACGACGAUGUUUCCCCCAAUCUUUGCGAAAUGAGAAUUAAAAAUACUGAUUCACUUGAAAAAUCAACUGAAAGUAACACUGACACUAGUGAAACAUCAUUACAGAACAAAAACCCAUCAAAUAUAUUUGUAAAAAAAAAAGGUGAAGUGGUGUAUUAUAAUGAAGGACAUCGUUAUGAGUUAUCUCCAAAACUUGAUUGGAAAACAUUUAAUAUGAUAAUCAAACAAUUGCUAAAAUUUGAUAAAUCUAUCAACGUUUCCGGUCUUUUUGCGAACUAUUUAACUAAUAAUGAUUUAGAAUCACAAAGUCUUGUCGAUUUUAGUACUGAAAUUGAAGUGAAACAUUCUACUAUUCAAGACUUUUUGCAAGAUUUUUUGAAUCAAUUUGUAUUUUCAACACAACAUAAUGAGAUGAAUAGUAUGCAAAAUGAUAUUCAAAUUUUGGAAUACAAUAAACAUAUAAGAAUCAGCGAAGAAUUCCAAAACAAAGGAGAACGCAUAAUUACUAUGGAAGAGUCACAGAAAUUGUAUCCAAAUGUUCCUCAUCAGUGGCUCUGCAAUGGGCGCUUGCUGCGGUUAUUAGAUCCUCUUAACGAUUAUAAUUAUUCAGCUUUUCACGAUCAGUGGGAACGCGGACAGCCAGUAUUGAUAUCUUACGUAUCAAAUAAAAUGGAUAAAAAUCUAUGGGUGCCUAAAUCGUUCGGAAAUGAAUUUGGUGAAGAGACAAACGACCUUGUGAAUUGUCUUAAUGGUAAAUUAGUGAAGGAACAAAAAAUGAAAAUAUUUUGGGAAGGUUUCGAAAAAAUUGGUAGUCGCUUAUUGGAUGAAAGAGACCGUCCGAUGGUGUUAAAACUUAAAGAUUGGCCUCCUGGUGAUGACUUUGCGGAAAUGAUGCCGAGCAGAUUUGCUGACCUAAUGAAAUGUCUUCCAUUGGCUGAAUACACGCGCCGUGAAGGACGUCUUAAUUUGGCUAGCAGGUUAUGUAGUUUUUUCGUGAAACCGGAUUUGGGACCGAAAAUGUACAGUGCUUAUGGAUCUGCAUUGUAUCCUUCCAAAGGCACAACAAAUCUUCAUCUGGAUGUAUCUGAUGCUGUAAACGUGAUGGUGUAUGUUAGUGUUCCUCUGGAUGUCGAUAAAAACAAAUAUAUCCGUAAAGUAUAUGAUGCUGUCCAACGAGAAGAAUGCGACAUGUUUACUUAUCAGAGAAUUUGUGAGAAUAACGAACUGCCGGGUGCCUUAUGGCACAUUUAUCACGCUCAAGAUGCUGACAAAAUUCGUUCUUUGUUAAAUAAAAUAGAAGUUGAACGAGGUGGAAGCAUAAAGGCAAAUCACGAUCCAAUCCAUGAUCAGAAGUGGUACUUAGAUGCCAAUCUUCGCAAAAGAUUGUUACAGGAGUAUAAUGUUCUUGGAUAUUCUAUUGUACAGUGUGCUGGUGAUGCCAUAUUUAUUCCGGCAGGGGCACCACAUCAGGUUCGAAAUUUACAUAAUUGUAUCAAAGUUGCAGAAGAUUUCGUUUCCCCUGAAAAUAUUUCCUACUGUUUUAAAUUAACAAAUGAAUUUCGCAAUCUAACGAAUACGCAUUCAAAUCACGAAGACAAACUUCAAAUUAAAAAUAUAAUUUAUCACACUGUAAAAGAUUCGAUAUCGUGCUUGGCCAAUCCACUUAUCAUGGCUAAAAAUGAAAUAGAUUUAUUAUAAAUACUAAGUAUAAAAUAAAAGUGUCGCUUUUUUCUCUUCUCUCCCGAAAUGACAACUGGCAAAAUCGCACCAAAUAACCUGGAAAUACGCAAAAAUUUAAACGACCAUUUUUUAUGGAGAUGAUUAUUUAGACACGCGUUAUUUUCUAGAACAUUGCAGGUCAGAAACCGUCGGUUGUAUGGAACAAAAUGUCAGAGAAUGAGUUGUAGGGAAUUAUCAUGCCUCAUAUAAAAGUAUACAGUGUGAAAUAUUGUUUUUCUGACAAAAAAAAAAUAAAAUAAACACUAAA